AUGAAGUUGAACUCCGGGCUUAGGCUGCUUGGUUUGCACCCUGGCAUUUUAUUGGCAGGCAAUGGCAGACUCUCGAUUCGCUCGGCCAAUGGCACUUUGGCUCCCAGGCUUGCUGCAAGAAGGUUCUUACAUCAAGACGGAAUCAUAGAAGAAGAAGAUGUGGGAGAAGAUGAAGGUGUUGAAAGCACAGGUGUGAUUCAAAAGAAGAAUGAGGAGACUUUGCUGUUUUUUGACAAGCUACUGCCCGUGCGUACGUCCAAUUGGGAUUUGAGGCAAUAUUUCGUGAGGUUGUUUACCGCGACAAGUGAAGAAUCACUGAAGAAAAGAACUUUGGAAUUGGCUUGCGGUAAAGAUGGUGUUUUAUCCGACUUGGAAAUGACCAGUUUCACCCUGAUCAACAGAGAUGGUGGAGCAUUUGUGAAGUUUCGGGUCCCCGAGCAAUACACUCUUGCUGAGUUCAACAAGAAGAUCACCAGCAAUGUUGCCAGUCUUUCUGGAAACGGGCUGCUCCAUAUGCUCACCCAUAAUAGAUGCUUCCCGGUGAAAGGAAUUCCAUGGAUUGAAGAUCUUCGAAGGUUUGCUACUUCAAAGAUAAAGGUGUCAUUCAAUGGUCCCCAGCUCACCCAGGAGAACAUGUAUCUGUUGUUUCGUCGUUAUGGUAUAAUUGAGGAUAUCCAACCCCCUGCACCUGACUCAAAGGAAGUUCCGUUAUCAGCUUAUGUCACAUUUAGGCAGACAAGGUCUGCAAUUACUGCCAGGCAUUGUGUCACGGGUCUGACUGUUGAUGGUACCACAAUCCAUAUCCAGUACGAACCCCGCAAGGAGAGAGCCUCUUUAUCCAGCUAUAUCUCUGGACACCCCAGAAUAGCCAUUCCUGUGAUCAUCGGUAUUCUCGCUACUGUGGCUGUUCUGAUUUUUGACCCUAUCAGAAACUUCUUUAUCCGGGAGAAGAUCUCUCAGAAGUAUUCGUUGUCUAAAAACGGCUGGACAAAGCCGCUAUUCGACUUAUUUCAAUCAACUACAAACUCUAUGAAGAGCUUGAUCUGGCAACCAUUGGCAACUCAAGGUGCCAACGAGGUUUCAAUCACAGGCUUAUGGUCGGAGAGACUGGAAAAGGCAAAACAGAUGAAGAUUUGGCUUGAAGAGAACGUUGAUACGUUUAUCGUGCUUCAAGGACCUCGCGGUUCUGGUAAGAAGAGUAUGAUCGAUCAACAUGUGCUCAAUGGCCGUCCCAACACUUUGGUUAUCGAUUGCGAAAAGUUGAUCAAACCUCGAUCUGAGGGCAAGUUUUUGAAGACGUUUGCUCAGGAGAUUGGGUACUUUCCGAUAUUCUCAUGGUUGAACUCGGUAUCUUCUUUUGUGGAUUUAGCAGUGCAGGGUAUGACAGGCCAAAAGUCUGGACUAAGUGAAAGCAAAGAGUCUCAAGUCAAGAACAUUCUUAACGUUGCGGCCAAUGCAGUCAGAGAUAUAGCCUUGGAGGAUUAUGGCAAACUGGAUUGUGGAGGAGACGAUGCGAACCACCCACUAGUCAAGGAGGAUGACUAUUUAAGGCAGAACCCCAAUGUCAAACCAGUGAUAGUUAUCGACAGGUUCCAGUCUUCGAGACGGUCCCACGACCCUAAUUCGUUCAUUUACAGAGAGAUCUCAGAAUGGGCUGCAAAUCUCAUAUCCAUGAACGUUGCCCACGUUAUCUUCAUCACUGACGAUGUAGGCAGUCUUCAAACUUUGUCGGAUGCUCUUCCAUCACAAGUCUUCAAAAGGUGCGUUUUGGCAGACGCUUCAGAGAGCUCUGCUAUUCAGUACGUUUCAAACCAAAUUGGUGGGGAUGUCACUACGAGCUACGAGAAAGACUUGACCGAAGCGAUUGCUCCAUUUGGUGGACGUAUGCUUGAUCUGCAAAUGUUUGUCAGGAGGUUGAAGAGUGGUGAACAGCCCAAGGAGGCUCUGGCUGGAAUGGUGGAUCAAACUGCCGAGCAAUUGUCGCAAGUAUUCACGGCGAAGAAGGACAGUUAUGUGUGGAACUCUUCUCAAGCUUGGUUCCUAAUCAAGAUUCUGGCCUCUGAAAAGUCGAUUCCGUGGGACAAAAUUGCACUCCACCCACUUUUCAAGGCGAAUCCAUACGAGAUCCUCAAUUCGAUGGAAAAAGACGAGUUAAUCUCCAUUGUCAGAGAGACUGGUCUCGUGAAAGAGAUCAAACCUGCCAAGCCCAUCUACAGGGAAAGUUUUAAGAGUAUGGUGGAAAAUAAAAGGGUAUUCUCCAAUCUCGAAACGGAUUAUCUGACUUCUCUCAUCAAUGCUGAGACUUCAAAGAUUGCAAAGUUUGAAGCUGAGCUUGAGAAAUUUAAGGAUGUCGAGCCAAAACUUUUCAAGAAGCGACUGCAAUACCUUGGUGAUAAGAUUGAAGCCAGCACCACCAUUAUCCAAAAUUGCGAAGGGCAGAUAAAGGCUCUGUCUAAGUAA